AGUGGAAAAGAUGGUUCAUAAUUCUAUAAAAAGAAAGCUGAGAAGAAAGAAAGAAACCAUGGUAGGGGAAGUUGUGUAGUGCGCGAGUUCCACGCGCAUUUUUAAUUUCCUUUGGGCCUUCGUCUUAGGGUUUGCACUUCUAAAUACUCAAAUAUCUUUCUCUUAUGCCAUUCAAUCGGUUCUCGAGUUAUCAAUAACAUUCACGCUUUCCAUUUCCAUGAAGAAAAUGAAUCACCUCAUGUUUUCUUCUUCAUUUUCAAAAUUCAUCAUUAUUAGUAUUCCUUUUCGUUGGAAUUAGACAUACUUUUAAAUCUGUGUUCCCUGUUUAAUUUUGAUAUUGUAUUUUUUUUUCUGUUUUGCCUAACAGAAAAGUUUAAGAAUGGAAAGAAAGAACAAGAGGAAGAAUGCAUCGAGCACUGCCGCAGAAGUGCUAAUUGACAAACUCGUCCAAAUAGCUCCCUGAUACAUUAACACGAUCAUGAUCAUUGUGCUUCCCUGUAUCAACAGCUGGUAGCAGCUCGGAAGCCGCGAUGAGUGAGGCAAUUGAACCUUCAAGCAGUGCUAUCAGGGCCAUUGAAAAAAAGCCACCCCUGCCAUUGGAUUCUUCCAGCACUCAACAAGUAAAGCAGGAUGUGAACAAAAUAUCCCAAUCUAUGCUGAUCAAGCUUUAUAACUUUUGUACUCGUCGACCAAAGGCAAAUGAGGAAUUGAGUGUCGUGGUUAGUAUGUUCGGCGUUCACUUAAACCGCAGGGAUACCUAUACAAUGAAACCAAAAGGAUGCGUCAGUAAUAUGGUGAUUUUAGCUGCUGGAAAGAUAAUUAUGGAAGAGGAGAAGGAAACAAAUGGGACUGUCACUCGUCAUAUAUUUAGCCCACAAUUUAUGAAUAAGGUAAAAUGUGACUUAAAUCUUUCUAAUGAAGAUAGCCACAAGACUUGGUGUAUUGAUGAUGUAUCUGUAUUCAUCUUGCCGAGUAAACUGGGUUAUGAAAUCUAUCAGUGCAAACUGAUUUUUGCACCAACUUUGUUUGAAGAGCAUUGGUCUUGUUAUGUACUCGAGCCCAAGGACAAAACCCUGUAUGUGUUAGACUCGAUGCGUGAUACACUCUCAACUAGCAAGAAGAACUUGGAUGAUGCAACGAAACGUCGUUUUGAGGAGCUGCUGGUAUUAAUGAGUCCUGGUUCGACCAAAGAGAAUGUAUCAAUAACACUGGUUUACGCUGAUGUUCCUAGGCAGAAAAACAUUCAUGAUUGUGGCAUCUAUGUGCUGAAAUACAUGGAAAUUUGGGAUGGAUCGGUAAAAUGGCAAGACAAAACCAUGCCUGAUUAUCAAUAUAAAGAAAUCGCGCUGUUUCGGCAAAGCCUUUUGUGUGGAUGGGUUCAACAUCCUAAAAAUGAGGUCAGAGAAAAGAUUUUGGAGGCAGCAGGAGUGUGGGGAAAAUUAAGCUGAUUGAAAUUGACCAUCAAGCAACCGUGUCUAAGAGAUUUCUCUAACAAAUCUUGGUUAAUUUUUCUUUUAAAUUAAAUAAAGUUUUAUUUUUACACAUAUUCGAGAUGCUUAAGAAAAUUGAUUCCUCUAGGUAGAGCUGUCUGAUGCUGUUAUAGUAAGUUGUGAUCAGUUAUUGCAAACAACUGGGAUUGUAUUGAAUAUUAUUACUGACCUAGAGAUCAACAUAAAUUUUACCAUGUUAUGUAAUGAUGUGAAUUUUAUUAUCAAUGAUUAGAUUGAUCAUCUUUAA